AUGAAUAACAGUGAACAAGAAAUAGUCAAUGGAUGCGGUCAAGAAACCGUUAACGAUGUCAGUGAGGAUGUCCACUCGAAUGAUGUCGGCAUUCUCGAUCAACACAGUGCUCAAGUGACCGCAUCCGAUCCAGCAGAACAACAAGCCGAGUUGCUAACGUCUGUGAAAUCUGUGCAGCCGUCAUCUGUAAUUGAUCAGGCGACAGAUUCAGAUGCUCUUAUUGAAAACCAAACCGCUGCUACCUUAUCAGAUAUGCAGCUUACGGAUUCACAAAACCCUGAUGUAUGUUAUGAUUGA